AUGGACGAGUGGCCAGUCGGGCCACCCGCUUUGUCUUCCAUCCUCCUACCCCGAUCCGCCCUGCGCGAGCUGGAUAAUACGCGCCUCGCCAUCGGCAUCAAAGCGCCUACCUUCCUUUCCCCACCGGCAGGACCUCCGCGCUGCCGUGCUUGCCUGCACUUCAUUCCACAGACGUUUGAGGCGUGGCUCCGCACGCCCGCCGCAUCUGCCGCGCCUCAUGAGGCCGUUUCCCCGCCUUCACAACGUUCUACGCUUCUACGCCGCCUCUCUCCACCCCGCGCCCGUUUAUCCUUCUCAAGAAACACCCGAGGCACCAAGGGACUUCCUCCACCAGAGUACGCGCGCGUCCUUCGUUGCACAUUUCUCACUUGCGGCAACGCGGACUGCGCCGCCCGGACCUGCGACUCGAUCGGCCCCUAUUUUGCCAACCGCGAAACCAAUUGCUCUGAGCAUAACGCCGUAUAG